AUGUUCAGAAAUUGGAUCAGUUUUGUUGAUGCCUGCUGCCAAUUAGUAAAGCCAAGCAUCACGUUCUCUGACAUUGACGAUGGCCAUAAAUUUCUUCAAGAAUUCUGUACUGAGUGCCAGCAUAUUUACACUCCAACUAUUCUCACCUGUAACAUGCAUUUACGUCUCCAUCUUUGCAAGACUAUCUGUGAUUUUGGAUCAGUAUAUGGCUAUUGGCUCUUUGGGUUUAAGCAAUAUAACAGUUUGUUAAAGAACGUAAGCAUGAACAGAAAAGAUUCUUUUGAGGCUACGUAUAUGCAGAGUUUUGUCCAAAAUACUUUCAAGGGUGACUAUGUCAAUGCUGUUCUCCAAUGUCCAAGCCAAGUCCCCUUUCUUCUGCUUCUUGCCAAGCUUAGUGCCACUGCUCAACCAUCCAGUUUAAAAAACAAGAUAACUUUCCCACAACGCCCAUUCAGAUUAGCAGCCUUUGUCCAAGCAUACUCAAACCCUUCUCUUCCAGUCCUGGGCAAUGAACCUCUCACUGGAAAAAUAACAAUAAAUACACACCGGGAAAUUCAGGCAUACUAUUGUGAAUAUUCCGCAUUUUACAGUGGGGUUUUGCCUAUUUCCACUGGUACCAAAGCUGAUCUGGUUACAUAUGCACAGACCUGCUAUCUACAAGUAGUACCAAGAAAACUUUAUUUCAAACUUUGUUUUUUUGCUGUAAUACAAUCUGUUUCCAUGUUAAAGGUUAAUAAUCAGGGACUACGUCGCAUGUGUAUUGUUGAACUAUCCCUGGGUGAAUAG